AUUUAUUGAGUUAAUUAAAUGGGUAAAAGAAAAGGGUAGGAACACCGCCAAGCUUCCACCACCUCCACCAAAUUCUUAUCUUGUCAAAUUUUUCCGAUGAACACUCUCUUCUCACCCCCUUCAACCAUUUCGGGCCUUCCCCAUGUGAAUACAAAUCUUCCUAGGUUCCAUUCCACCAUCAGAACCACCUUCUUCCCUCAGCAGCAGCCGCACUCUCUGCUCCGCGGCACGCUCUCUGCACGUGCCACUUCCGAUGAGGUAGACACACGCUUACAAACACUGGAUGGUGAAUCCCAAUCCCCACUCUCAGAGGAGCAGCUCAAAUUGGAAUCCGAUGCUACCGAAGGAACCACUACCACUACCACUUCCACUUCUUCUUCUGCUCCCAUCGACAAGGAGCUUAAAAAGGUAGCUCAGAAGACAGCAGCUACCUUUGCACCAAGGGCUUCCACGGCUACAAAGAAUCCUGCAGUGCCUGGAACUGCAUUGUACACUGUUUUUGAGGUUCAAGGUUAUGUAUCAAUGUUGUUGGGAGGAGCUUUGUCUUUCAAUCUGAUAUUCCCUUCAAACGAACCUGACAUUUGGAGAUUAAUGGGAAUGUGGUCCAUUUGGAUGUUCACAAUUCCUUCUCUACGAGCUAGGGACUGCUCAAAGAAUGAGAAGGAAGCUCUCAACUAUCUGUUUCUCCUCAUCCCAUUGAUCAAUGUUAUAAUUCCAUUCUUUUGGAAGUCCUUUGCUGUUGUUUGGUCGGCAGAUACAAUAGCCUUCUUUGGAAUGUAUGCCUGGAAGUUUGGGUGGUUGCAGAAAACGGACUAGGAAACCAAGUAGACAGUCAACUGUUACCAAGGCAUUUUUGGUCUCUUGUUUCUCUCUUGGAAUUAUUUUUUUUACACACAAUAAAAGACAUGCAACAUUUCUUGCAAGAAAUUCUGUAUUAAAACAUCUUCUGGAUAUACUAAAAGGAGCUAGACACAUCCUUAUAGUUGUUUCCCAUUAUCAAAUGAAUAUGUAUAUGAUAUAGGCUCUUUCAAACAUUUUGCUA